AUGAGUGCUGCCGCCACCGAAGGACCGCCUGAGGCGAAAAAGUUUCGAAUUGAUUUGCCGACACAGGUUGUUGUUGAGCCAUCGUUGUGCUCGUCAGAAUCACCCGAUGGACCGGCUGCAGCCGAUGGACAAUCACCGGCCGGACCCAGCUCGGCUCGUUCCACCAAUGGAUCUGAGUUAAAUAAACUAUUACAGAUAUCGUCCGGGUCAUCGGUGGAAAAAGACGAUGAACCUGAACCAGGAAUGACCGGUAACAUACUGGAAAUGAUCAGCAAAAGCCUUCUUGGAAAUGCAUUUAAGUUAGAUGAGAUCUCUCGUCCGCCUCGCCUGCCAUCGGUACCAGCGUCGCCGGCUACCAGCUCCGAUUUCCUGGAUCGGUGGCCGUCGCUCAAUCACCAGCCGCGCAGCUCUUUUCAGAGGUGUAUAAUCGGUGACUGUACAUACAGCUUGAAAGGACCGCACACAAGCACGUUGGCCUGCCAUCUGAAGAAACAUUCGGCCGAAUACGCCGAAUUUCAGAAACUGAAGGUCAGUCAAACAGAUUGCCCAUUAGCAGGGCUCACAAUCAACUCGUCGGGACAGAUAAUGCAGUCGAAGAAGUGGCGACGAGAUGAACGACGUCAGCGCGAGCUCGAACAGCGGUUGGCAUUGGCGUUGACCACCUCGCAUCUCACCUCUGAAGCAUUGGCCAAUCCACUUUGGAAGGAGUUGCUUGAAGCUGCCCAGCCGAAGUUCACCCUCAACGACGAUCCGCAGUACUUUGAACAGCUGAUUUCCACCCUGCAUCUUCGCCUUUUACAAUCGAUUCGUGCUCUUUUGGCAUCAGCAGUCUGUGUAUCAGUGCUAGUGGACUGCGUCCGCCUGCCCCCAACAGCCGGCUCUGACGAACCAUUGUUCAGACUGUGCGUCUCAGCUGCAUUUCCAGCAUUUAUAAAUCAAAAAUACGAGGUGAAAGUCAUUCUGCUCGCAUUCCGCCCACUCGUUCAAGCCGAUAAUACAUCGGAAUCCGUUGCGAUGACGAUAGAUCAGGUGCUGAACGACUACGACCUGUCACAAGACAAAGUGACGCGUGUGGUGUGUUCUGGUCCUGAAGCAACUGCUGGACGACGACUAUGUCAGCGGAUCAUGGGUUGUUUCACUCAUUUUCUCGAGUCAAAUCCGGCUAUUGAUGAGUUGCGAAAAAGCGUUUAUCAGAUGAUUUUCGCCUUUGUCACACGACCAGAUUCGUUGCAAGCACUGAACAAGGCAGCAGCAAAAAUCUCGGUAAUGAUCAAAAAAGUAAAACACUAUGUGUUAUUGUUGAUGCUGUCUUUACGUUGCCAUUUAAGGAAUCAAUUACGUGGCAUUUGCAAUGCAUCGGCACUGUUUCGUCAAUACGGUAAUGGACUGAUCGAAGGCGAAUGUCCGACGGUGGACGGUGUGGUGCCGGCCAUCAAACAAAUUACUCAUGCACUUGAGGAAGAGUUUGAUGGCACUUACAUCCAGGCGACAGCGCUCAAUCCUCAGCUUGCUGUGCUUCUCACAGAGCAACAGCUAUCGUAUGCGAGGUCAGCGAUCGAGCAGGAGCUACACUCACGCCAGCCAGCACCCACAUCGUCGCUUACCAUGGACGCUCUUCUGGCGUCAGUUCUGUCGUCGUCACCGGAUUCCUUGCCGUUGUACACGGAUCUGCUCCAGCAAGCUCAACGAUUGCAACAGGAACGUAACGCUCAGCCGAUGCGCGACCGAAUCACAGAAGCUGCGCUGUCGUCGUACUUUGACGAACUGCUCAGCGGGUCAACUGCCGAAGCCCUUCUGCCCUUCUGUCGCCACUGCGUUCAUUUGGCAAUCCUCUUCAAACACCACUAG